ACGGGUACAGUGAUUUACCUCUUCGGCGACCCAUUUAGCGUCAUCCUUUCCCAUUCAGUGUGCACGGUCUGUCCAGCAAAACGUAUCGCUUCGAAUCCCAGUAUGAAGUGGCAAGCCGAUUGAAAGUGGUUCGAGGUCAGGCGAGAGUGUUGUGUGUACAGCGUGUGGAUUUCGCGCUGUCUGACAAAGAAGAAUAGCCCGUACGAGGCGACACGAAACGCUGUGAGAGUGUGCGAUGGUAGCGGGUUGUGUACGAGUUAGUGAAAAACACGGCGCCCAGUUGUAGCAAAGUUAAAGGGUGGAAAAGUGCUGUGAUCAAUCCGCCGACGGUUUCCAUCGUUUCGGAGUACGCAUGCACUGACGGUUUCCCCCGACGCGGCACGUACACAUAGGCAAACGAGCUGGUGUGCGGAGUGUGUCGGCGUCGACGAUCAGAACGUUUUGCUGCUCUCCUGGCGAACGAGGAAAGAAGAACGCGAGCUGUGCACGGAUCAGGCAAAGAAUAAUGGUAUCCAGCGGUACAUGCGUGUGCUGAGACGGAACGAAAACGAAAAGGUACGUUCCUUCUCCUUCGACACGGGCAAAACACGAAACUGUGCAUCAAUCAUAUCCACCUAAAAAGUACACUCCGUUAGGGCACUGUGAUAACCGAGGGGACGAAGAUUUUCCGCAAAUGUUCCGGAAAAGUCACUUAACCGAAGAGUGUAGGGUGUCGUGAGCUAGCUCGUCGUUGAACCGACCAAUUCCGGUUCAUGUUUGCGAAAUUUGGCAAACGGUGAAAGUAUCUACUGUGGAUCUUCGACUGCAAGAGACUCCAUCGAUAGUUUAAUUACGGAGAGUUAAUCCCCCUCCGGAAGGACGAGACGAGCAGCUGGGCUGCAGGCGCGUUCUAUCGCAAAUCUGACAUGCGCCGCUGGUAGCAGGAUGACGUUCGGUUUGUUGAAAAGCAUCUGAAAUCGAAGGAGAGGAAAGAGUUCAGCUUGCCUUCAAAGAGUGAGCGUUUGCAGGGAGCAGCAAGUGCAAGGAUACCAGGGGGCACCGAAGCCUUUAACGAACACACGGACAACGCGAAAAAGUGUCUCCUUUCUGUACACACAAUGUCACUGCUGGAACGAAGUAAAGCUAGCGGUGGAGGCAGGAGAAGCAGCAGCCGGCGGAUGAGAGUCUCAGCAAUGUACGUGCUUGCAGGGCUGUUGUUGCUGGUAGCAGCCGGUGGACGGUGGGAAGUGGAAGGUAGCUACCACUCGGGCGUCAGCCCGAUGCCACACGUACCUGCCGUGCCGAAGGACCCGAACUCGCGAUGCGAAGAAAUCACCAUCCCGAUGUGCCGCGGGAUCGGCUACAAUUUGACCUCGUUCCCGAACGAGAUGAAUCACGAAACGCAGGAGGAAGCCGGCCUGGAGGUGCACCAGUUUUGGCCGCUAGUCGAGAUCAAGUGUUCGCCCGAUCUAAAGUUUUUCCUCUGCUCGAUGUAUACACCGAUCUGCAUCGAGGACUACCACAAACCGCUCCCGGUGUGCCGGAGCGUAUGCGAACGGGCGCGGUCCGGCUGUGCGCCAAUCAUGCAGCAGUACAGCUUCAACUGGCCGGAGCGUAUGGCGUGCGAGAGUUUGCCCGUGUCGGGCGACAGCGAUAACCUGUGCAUGGAGAUGCCGAGCGAGGAAGAGCACGGUGGUGGUGAUCGAGGUGCCGGCGGUUCGUCAUCGGGUGGGGGAGGUAGUAGCGGUGGCUCGGGACAUUCGAGCAAACCGACUAGGAAGUCACACUCCGGUGGCGGUGGCGGCGGCGGUGGACAAGGCGGUGGCAGCGGAGGCCAGCAGAACAACAAAUGCAAAGGCAAGAAUUCAAAAAACUGCCAAAAUCCCCCCGGGGAAAGAACAAAAGAGUGCAUGUGCCGGUGCCGGGAGCCACUGGUAGCCCUGGGGAGGGAAAGCAGCACCACAACGCUACUGCACCAUCACGGCAGCCUAAGCGCCAACCAAAGUGUCGAAAGGGUCGGCGACGUGCAAAACUGCGCGAUCCCGUGUCGGGGGGCGUUCUUCACGCAGGAGGAAAAGGACUUCGCCGGGAUCUGGAUAGCGCUGUGGUCCGGCCUCUGCGGCAUAAGCACGCUAAUGACACUGACCACGUUCCUCAUCGACACCGAAAGGUUCAAGUACCCUGAGCGGCCGAUCGUGUUCCUGUCCGCGUGCUACUUCAUCGUGUCGUGCGGCUACCUGACGCGCAUCUUCCUCGGCCACGACGAGAUUGCGUGCGACGGCAAGUCGAUCAAGUACCCGUCGACUGGCCAGAGCUCCUGCACGAUGAUCUUCAUCAUGGUGUACUUCUUCGGCAUGGCGUCGUCGAUCUGGUGGGUAAUCCUGUCGUUCACCUGGUUCCUUGCCGCCGGCCUAAAGUGGGGUAAUGAAGCGAUCUCGAAGCAUUCGCAGUACUUCCAUCUGGCCGCGUGGCUUAUCCCGACCGUUCAAACCGUCUCGGUGCUGCUACGACCCGCCGUCGACGGUGAUCCGGUCGCUGGUAUUUGCUACGUGGGCAAUACCUCCGUCGAGCAUCUGAAGAACUUUGUGCUCGCCCCGUUGUUCAUGUACUUGGUCGUCGGAACCACGUUCCUGAUGGCCGGCUUCGUGUCACUGUUCCGCAUCCGUUCGGUCAUCAAGCAGCAGGGUGGAAUCGGUGCCGGCUCGAAGGCGGAUAAACUCGAAAAGCUAAUGAUCCGGAUAGGCAUCUUCAGCGUUCUGUACACCGUGCCGGCCACGAUCGUUAUCGGGUGCCAUUUGUACGAGGCAUCAUACUUCGAGGACUGGAUGACCGGCCUGACCUGCCCGUGCAAGGUUGCACCGGGGUUGCGACAAAAGCCGCUCUACUCGGUGCUGAUGCUGAAGUACUUCAUGGCACUGGCCGUCGGCAUCACGUCCGGUGUGUGGAUCUGGUCCGGCAAAACGGUCGACUCCUGGCGACGACUCUGGAGAAGGCUGUUCGGCUCGCCGGACCCGACCGGUGCCGGUCAGGUGCUGAUAAAACCACGCCCACCACUCCCGCAACCGUACGCAACGUCUGGCAUUGGCGUACCGGGGUCAGCAGCGGCCUCCCUGCUUGCCACCCCCUACACUCAGACCGUCGGCAGCGUGGCCUCAACGAGUCACCACCAUCUGCACCAUCACGUCCUCAAGCAGGCCCCUCUUAGCCACGUAUGACCUGGAGAUAUAGGCGGCGCAUCUACCCUAACAGCCGGAUCCGGAUCUGUCGUCGAUCCGCGCGCCGUCUCAGUCGUUGUAACGCUUCCCGGUCCGCAACCAGGGCAAGCCCUCAGCGAUUAUGGUCCGAUAUAGUUGACCGUACGACCAGAUACGGGCCGAUGGAUACCACCCAGCAAUCUAAGUGAACUGUGAAUAAAACAGCGUACGCGCGGCAAAUCUCCCUGCACUCCGCCACCACUCCUUCAACAUCCCCGGCACCAUUUCUUCCGGAUCUUGCUCGAAGGAAGGCAACGUGACCGUGCUUAGGUGACCUUGUGGGUGGACCGCGAACGCUAUUCUUAAUAGUAUUAAAGUCAACUCAACUCAAAUCGAUACUUCUUCUACUAUGGGCUACUAAUUGUCGCGAUAGUGUUUAAUGGGAGACAGUCAAACAACCAACAGAAACUACAACCUACCUAUUCUAUCAUCGUAAUUUCUCCUUUACCUACGAUAAUAAUACUGCAUCCCAAGCCACCCUCUACUAUGCGUUAAAAAACACACACAAACACAUAAAUGAAAUGGGUAGAAACACCCUUCGGCAGGAGUAACCGACGUGACAUAACACAAGCGUUAUCGUGUAAGGACAGUUCAAGCAAGCGGCUCUCUUUUCUAGUCGACAAUGUGUGGUUAGUAACUGAAACGUAGUGUUUUAAAGAGCGGUUUGUAUUACGUCGUACGAAAUUGUGCGUGCGGGGUAUGUGGAAGUUUGUAAGUUAUAUUUUAUACAUGUAGAGAAGAUGAGAAGAUAAUACGCCAACAGCCGCCAACGUAACGCAUCAGCAAACGUCGUGUGUGUGUAUCCCUUGUACAGAGAGGAAAAAUUAGGUACAUUUUCUUGCCGGAAAACGGAUGAAGACGUUGAAUCAAACAGUUGAAUGUCUCGCGCGAAAAACGGGUGGGCAAUUUAACGUACGAAAAUGGACUUGCAAUUAUGUUCUUUAUCGAUACGAAGAAAAUUCGUAGGAGGAUAUUACUUUCCGUGCGCUAAAGACGAAAUCAAACAUGACAAUACCCUUUCACAGCCACAAAAAAAGAAGAUACAUAUAAAAAAUGCAAGCCCGACUGAAACGAGUUAAAACAUAACGCUGACGCACAAUGGAAACUAUUUACCAUGAAACAACGCAAAUCCCAAGCGGAGAACAACACCUUACACUGCUCCAUAAAACAAAUGGUGGUGAUGAUUUUUCUCAUUCAAAACUACUUCCUUACAUUAACUCUUAACCCGAAAUCGCCAACGCAAGCGCAUGAUACAGCAUAGGGAACAUCUAAAACCGUAGACCUCAAGUAAGCAAACGGACAUAAGUAACGUUUUUUCUAAAUGGUGCAUUUUGAGAUGGAACUUUUAUACGUAAUUAGCAUUAAUUUACAAAGUACUCGAAAACCCCGGAAAUCAAACCUUAGCUCGUCGUAAUAACAUUGAUCAUUGGAUAGAAAAACAGGUUCACUUUUCAUCGCUGUUCGGUGCGCAUCGUUUUUUUUGCGAAUUGUUUCUGUUUUGAUUUGAUAUGUGUUUGAUGGUGACGAGAAGUCAAAAUACUUGAAGCUUCUAUUGUUUCGCUUCACGAGUGAUAUUUCUUUGUAAAGCUCCCAUGGAUACUUCUUGCUAAUGGUUUUGUUUUUGAAUUCAUCCAAUCCAUGGCUCCCAUAUUUGCGUACGUUUAUUUUCGUUUUCACCGUAUUUUUUCUUUCUCUCUCGAGAGAUGGCUCACGCGUUUCCUCGCUGAUGAUGUGUUUUGUACGAGCGUUUCCUACUUUCUACACUUGUGUUUGCUAACUUUCGUAAACGUCCAGUGCAAGCGUUGUUACUCUCAGAUUGCCAUAUAUAGCUGUCAGCUUAUGGCCCCUUCUCGGCUGAAGGGUGCCGAGCAAGUGACGUUUAGAGAUAAUAUAGUUAGUUUUGUUUUAAGACGGUCGUCGCAGCUACCUUCUCUUGUGUUUCGUCCUUUCGAUUUACUUUCAGUUCGUUUGUCCGGAGGCUUCUCUUCACUACCGGUCGCGGGCGGGUUUGGCUUCGUACCUAUGUUUUUUUGUAUUUGUGUUGAAUGAACCAAACCUUCCCAUUUCUGCGGUCGUUCAAUUGCUAUGUUUUAUAGAUCGCUUUUACCUAGUAGUAGCUGCCACAGUGCUCCCCUUGUGGACGAAUUGGAUUUAGUGUACAUAUCAACCAAAAUGCUACAUUUUACAUUAGCAGCUGAUACGAUACGUGUCAAGCAGUGUGGCCGCGUUCGGUUUAUCACUCGACUUGCCCCUCUACAUGCCUGCAAUGGCCAUCCACGAAGGGCAGUGCAUCAGAAUAUCGCAAGGUGGGCACACCGGCAACCAAGUGUAAAUGUUUUGUAAUUUAUUGACCGGCCGUUUGCGGAUGGCACGGAUUCAGGUACGCCCAUCUCUCGACAGCCACGCGAGCUCAGCGUUAUCGAUGCGGAGAUGUUUGCAGCCAGCAACUGUGUGCGAAUGUGACCGCCCUUGUACAGUAUACACUAUAGGAAUGUUAGAUGAUUAACGAAAACGCAAAGGAAAACCACAAAGGAAGAACAAUAAGCUAGGAAAACACUUACUAUUAAGUCAAUGGUUGGAUAAGAAACUGAAGUCCGUAGAGGAAAGCAGGUUGCAUUAUUCGUUCGAAUGAUCGAAUCCAAAUCGUGCUUUGGGAAGACAUUUUCAUUAGAAUCAUGCGUGUCGGGUAAAACCAGGAAAUCUCGUCGAAUAAAAAAGCAGAAGAAAAUCCCGAAACACUGCACAACAUACAUACGGAGCAAAAAUUCCAUCAAGCAGUUCCAA